GUCGGACGGAGACUGAUGGAGGACAGAGGGGACGGCAGACGCUAACCGACUUACAGACGAGUCCGAAUGGAGGAACAGCGGCGGGCGGACGGAGGCGAUGUCCGGGCCUGAGCUGCACAAGUCUGCUGGGGCUGUGACAGUUAGCGAGCAGUGCGCGCAGCCCAGAUGGGAACGAUCUGAAUUGCCAAACGACGCGGUGUUAAGAGAGUUAUUAAAUGUUUCUGCGGUCUGAGGCACCGUCCUGACAACAUGACCCGGUUGGACUGCGGGCUGCACACCUUUGGAGAAGGAGUCUCCCCCACUCACUUCUUCACCGCACUUCUGCUGCUGCUGCUGGGACACUGCGCAGCGCUGGGGCCAUCACAUGAACCAGUUUUGAAAGAGAGAUCUCUGCACGAUCUGCCUCAGUAUGAAGUGGUUCACCCCAUGAGAGUGGAUGCCAGAGGUCACUUCCUGUCCAACUUCCUGUCUCACCAUGCUCGCCGCGUGCAGCGCCGGGAAGCCUCAGAGGGACCAGCGGUCUCGGAUCGAGUCUUCUACCAGUUGUGGCACGGCGGCCACAGUUUGCAUUUUAACCUCACCCUCAACCCACACCUGCUGGCUCCGGGCUUCCUGACGGAGAGGAGGUACGGUGGCCUGGAUGGAGCUCGGAUCCUUCCUCCUGGAUCCUUCCAGUGCCAUUUCCUAGGUGAAGUGUGGGAUGAGGCCACUGUUCGAGGCAGCGCAGCCAUUAGCACCUGUGAUGGACUGACAGGACUGUUCAAGUUGUCUGAGGAGGAGUUUUUUAUUCAACCUCUGGAGAAGUCGAGCGAUGACACCUCAGCACCGCAAGCGCACGCCAUCUACAAGCGCCACGCGUCCCCUCCCCCCUGGAAUCCAGUGGUACAGCCCAUCUCAGGGAAAGAAGCUCUCAACGGCACCUGCGGAAAUACAAAUUCCCAUCAACGUUCUGAAGACAUUGAGAGACAGCGGGAGCGGUGGGAGCACCGCCAGCAGAGAAGAAGGAGGAGGAUUCAUCAACGCUCAGUCAGCAAAGAGAAGUGGGUGGAAACGCUGGUGGUGGCCGACCCUAAAAUGGUGGAGUAUCACGGGAGCAAAGCUGUGGAAAGCUAUGUUCUCGCUGUCAUGAAUAUUGUGGCAGGUCUGUUCCGAGACCCCAGUAUUGGAAACGCCAUCAACAUUGUGGUUGUUCGACUCAUCCUACUGGAACAGGAUGAGGAUGACUUGAAGAUUACACACCAUGCUGACAACAGCCUGAGCAGCUUCUGUAAGUGGCAGAAGAAACUCAACAUGAAAGGAGACGAACACCCUCUGCACCAUGACGUAUCGGUCCUGCUCACCAGGAAAGACAUCUGUGCAGCUAUCAACACGCCAUGUGAGACUUUGGGUCUGUCCCACGUAGCCGGCAUGUGUCAGCCACAUCGUAGCUGCAGCAUUAGCGAGGACACAGGCCUCCCAUUGGCCUUCACUGUGGCUCAUGAGCUGGGACACAACUUUGGGAUUCAGCAUGAUGGCAACGGUAAUGACUGUGAACCCAUUGGGAAACGACCUUUCGUCAUGUCUCCACAGCUCCUGUACGGCACCUCCCUGCCCAGGUGGUCACGCUGCAGUCGCCAGUAUAUCACCCGCUUCCUCGAUCGUGGCUGGGGCUGGUGCCUCGAUGACGCCCCGGUCAAGGAGAAGCUGUCCUUAAACUCGGUUCUUCCUGGGGUUCUGUACAGCGCUGCCCAUCAGUGUCAGCUGCAGUAUGGCUCCGGGUCCCUGCUCUGUGAUGACAUGGAUAAUGUAUGCAGUACUCUGUGGUGCACUGUGGGAACGACCUGCCACUCAAAGCUGGACGGGGCUGUGGAUGGAACCAGCUGUGGUCAGGACAAGUGGUGUUUCAGUGGUGAGUGUGUCAAAGCUGGAUACAAGCCAGUGAGUGUAAAUGGUGGCUGGGCAGCGUGGAGCGAUUGGUCGGCCUGUUCAAGGACGUGUGGGUCAGGAGUCCAGAGCGCCCACAGGGACUGCGAUAACCCAGUUCCGAAACACAGAGGGAGGUACUGUCUGGGAGAGCGACGGAGGUACAAGAUCUGUCACACUGCAGCGUGUCUCCAUGAGCUGCCCACCUUCAGAGACCUCCAGUGCAGUCACUUCAACACAAUGCCGUACAAGGGAAAGCUCUACAAGUGGGAAGCAGUCAUCAGCAGAGUGAGCCCAUGUGAACUACACUGCCGUCCGGUGAACGAACAUUUCUCUGAGAAGAUGCGGGAUGCCGUCACCGAUGGGACGCCGUGCAACGAGGGCAACAAAAGCAGAGACAUGUGCAUCAACGGCAUCUGCCAGAAUGUAGGCUGUGACUACGUGAUUGGGUCCAACGCUGUGGAGGACCGCUGUGGGGUGUGUAACGGAAACAGCUCCACCUGCACGACCGUGAGGAGAACGUUUGAGGAGAGCGAAGGACUUGGUUACGUAGACAUCGGACUGAUCCCAGAGGGAGCUUGGGACAUUCGCAUUGAGGAGGUGGCUGAAGCUGGAAACUUCUUGGCGCUACGAAGCGACAACCCCAGCAAGUAUUUUCUGAACGGUGGCUGGACGAUUCAGUGGAACGGAGAGUACAAGGCAGCAGGGACAGUGUUCACCUAUGAGAGGACAGGACACCUGGAGAAUCUGACGUCUCCAGGGCCCACCAUGGAACCGCUGUGGAUUCAGCUUCUCUUUCAGGAGACCAAUCCAGGCGUGCGGUACGAGUACACAAUCAGUCAAAAUGUUUCUGAGGACAACAGUUUGCCAGCGUCAGGAUUCUUCUGGAAAUAUGGCUCAUGGACUGAGUGCAGUGUCACCUGUGGGACAGGUGUUCAGAGGCAGAUUGUUCACUGUGUGGAAAAGACAACUGGGAUUGUGGAGGAGCACCUCUGUGACCCCUCAACCCGCCCUGACGAUAACCAAACCAGCUGUAACAAGGAGCCAUGUCCGGCCAUCUGGUGGCUCGGAGAAUGGCAGAAAUGCUCGGCAAGCUGUGGGAACUCUGGACAGACUAAAAGGACGGUUCUCUGCAUCCGGGCAGUGAGUGCUGAUGAACAGAAAGCCCUGCAGCCAGGCGAGUGUGAACACAUGCCCAAACCUGAGUCAGUGUCCUCCUGCAACACACACGUCCCCUGCCCCGCUGACUGGAGCCCUGGCAGCUGGUCAAAGUGUUCGCAAACUUGUGGAAGUGGAGUCCGUCGCCGUAAUGUCACCUGCUCCAGAAACACGGGCGUCGACUGUGAGCCCCAGAAGAAGCCCCUUGCUGUCACCACCUGCUACAUGCAGGACUGUCCACAAGUUGUGGAUAAUUUCGGCAUCGACUGGUCAGGAAGUGGCUGGUCGAGCAAAGAGGUGCUCAAUGAGAUUAACUCCAUACCUGAAGUCAAACCUCCUCCCAAGUUCAGCACCACCAGAGCCCAGCCGAGAAACCACAACGACCUUAAUAACAUUGUCGAGGGAGACUUCGACUAUCACAAUAACAUAGAAAAUAUUGAUCGCUCAUCGGAAAACAACGUUCAAGUUGAUGAUUUUUACUAUGACUACAACUUUAUUAACUUCCAUGAAGACCUGUCGGAUGACUUUGAGAGUGAUGACACAGAGUCAGGGGAGAGUCACUCAUUCGACAGUCAACAGGAGGCCGAGCCAACACACAGUGUGACAGAGAACAUGGAAACUACUAAAGCUCCCUCAGCUACUUCUGUCAAUUCAAAGACCACUGCUGAAGAGCCAGUGAGCCCAAACCUGGAGGACAGUGACGAUGACUUCCUUUCAGAGGAUUACCUUCUGCCUGUGUCGACCACUCGCUCCCCGUCACUACAUACAACUCAGCAUUCACCACCGCUAAAAGAGAGGCAUGACAUUAGCACAGUGCCUAGUGUGGCUGUCACUACAAAGGAGCCUACACGGGAUGUGCAAAAUGAGGGGGAGGAUGAAAAUAACUAUGACAGUUUCAGUGAGGAGGAAGAUCUUACUGAGGAUGUCACUGAGACUCCACAACAGGCUCCUGGAUAUAAAACCAGUGUUCAUGCUCCAACAGUGAGUGCUGAGGAGACAGAGGGACAUGAUGAUUAUGAGCACAGUUACAAUGGCAAAAGCACAGUAGGAACAGAUAUCUCCUCAGAACAAGAAGGUGCAGAGAAACCAGAGCUGACGUCAGUGGAUGAGAGUGCGUCAGGAAUACCUCACACAACAAGCCAGUCGACAGUAUUUGCGUUCACAUUGGAGGAUGUGGAAAUGGAUCCGACUGAUUUCAACACAGUAUACAACACUAAUCAGAAAUCACGGGAUACUGACCUUGACCUCAGUGUAACCUCACUUCCUGCUCCUCAGAAAUCCACUCCUCUACCGGUUCCUUUUCUGCUAACCUCAGGUAACCCACAGACGUUUGAUGACCCGCUAACUGGAACAGAAAUGAUACCUCCUACGAACCUGGAAGGAGCCACGCAGCCUCCUCCUGCUGGUGUCCUGCAGUCAGAUCCCGUCUUCACCGACAGAACUGGAACUGAUCCUACUUCCCGAGCUCCGUCCUUUGAUUCAGCUGAUUUUGACUACAAUGAAAUAGUCGUUCCCACCAUGCUGAGGAGCAGUGACAGUGAUCCUGCCACUGGCCAUCACAGCACAACAGCAGCACCGCACAUUGACUCGCAGGCGCCUGCUGUGUCCAUUUUGCCGACACAUCCACCUGUUCUGUGGCCGGUUCCGGUGCCGACAUCUGUCCAAACUCCAGCCUCCACAGAAGUCGCCACAGCUGCGUAUUGGAUCGCCAGCAACUGGAGCGCUUGCUCCACCAGCUGUGGUCUGGGGGCCAUCUGGAGAACUUUGGCUUGCAGUUCUGGAUCAGACUCCGACUGUAAUCCUGCCAAGAGGCCCGCGCCGGCCCAGCGAUGUUACCUUCGCCCCUGCUCCACAUGGAAAGUUGAGGAAUGGAGUAAGUGCUCCAAGAAUUGUGAAGGCGGCGUCAAAUCACGAGAGGUCCAGUGUUUUGACAUGAGAGAUCAAAGGCAACUGCGACCUUUCCACUGCAGGGCCAUGUCCUCGAGGCCACAAAGCCAGAUGCCCUGUAACCUUCAGCCGUGUCUCGACUGGUACACCUCCUCCUGGGGUCAGUGCUCUGAAGUGUGUGGAGGAGGCGAGCAGCAGCGUAUAGUUGCCUGUCCGGAGGAGGAGCGAUGCAACAGGGACCUUCAACCCAGCAACAUUCAGUCAUGUAAUAUCCAGCCUUGCGCUCAAUGGCUCACUGGAUCAUGGGGACAGUGUUCAGCGUCCUGUGGAGGCGGAGUGCAGCGUCGUCUCAUCAAAUGUGUGAACACAAAGGCUGAGACGGAGGAAGAAGUGGAUCAGGCUCAGUGUGACCAUCAGCCGCAGCCAGAGAGCAUCCAGAAGUGUAACCUUCAGGAGUGCGAGAGCGCCCCCUCUGGAGCAGUUUGUGUUCGUGAUCGGCUGACGCCUCGCUUCUGUCACACUCUCCGCUGGCUUGGCCGUUGUCUGUUGCCCAACGUACGAGCACAGUGCUGCAAAACCUGCAGCCAGCGCUCCCGGAGUACGUCUCGCCACUGAGGUGCAGCCACUCACAGGCCUCAUCCACAGGACUGCAACACUGACUGAUUCAAUGUAAUCAAUGAAUUCAACAAUCUGAGCCCUUCCUGAUCUUGUCACCACUACAGACUUAUCGUGAAUUAGUCCCACGACAAAACUCUGCAUGUUUCUGCUGGCGAAAUUAACGAGAGGGCGGAAAUGAGUUGGAAUGGUCACGAUAGCGUCGCCUCUUCUCUCAGCAAAGCAACGAGAAUGUAAAUAUUUCUUUGCCCUUUUUACAUUAUAUAGUUUUGACCGAGAUGACAUUUAAUGAGUCAGGAUUUCUUUAUCACAGAAACGUUGUGUCUCCUGUCAGUGUAGCCAGCUUAGUAAUGAGUUAUUACACAUGUAGAUGAACCACUCGUUAGCCUUUGGUACAAUGCUUUCAUUUUACUGACAGCAGCAGAAAUAAAACAGACAGUUACACAUUUACACAAUGUUUUUUAAGCAUGAUGUGGUACAAGUGUGAAGCAAAACAUAAGUGGUGAAUAAUUGCUCCAUGUGACAUUUCUAAAUAACUGACCAUUAGCGAAAGCCUGUCAUCCCCUUAGCUACUGUUGCUACACCUGUUAAGCCUCAGUCAGGCACGGCUCAUAAUUAUUACAAUUACAUUUGUAUUGUAAUUAUUUAAACCAGACGUAAUGAAAGACAAAAGUAGGCAUCUCAAUUGUAGUGCGUCAUCGCUGGCUAGCUCGCCAAGCUAUCAUUAGCUCCACAAGCUUAUUUAAAACCUUUGGCUCCUUUUAAUGUUUCGAGACUUGUGCAGGUUGUACAACUUGUACAACCUGUAAAAGAGGUCUGAAAUAUUUACUCAACGUACACUAAACAUGGUUUUGUGCUGAAAGUUAAUGUCCUCAUCAGUCGGUUUGUCAUUGGUCAAUACAGAAUUACAGUUUAGUCUAUGAGGUUUGUGAUUUUGUUUUCUGGUUAAAUGCCUGAUAUGACAUCUGUUCUGCUCUGUGACAUAAAAUACGUCAUUAAAUGUCCCAUAAUUUAAUUAUAAAGUUCUCAUGUGUCUUAAAACAAGUGUCUGAAUGAGACUAUAGAGGUUGUAGGGGACUCGGUAGUAGACUCAUCUACUCACUAGUCCGUAUUUACAGGUCAACUUUAGUUACAAAGUAUUUUCACUCUGACUUUACAACUUGCAGAUCGAUUUACAAAAGAACAUCUAGAGGUGGCGAUGUCGCCCGUUUAUAUCCUAACAUUAGCUUAAAAAAAUCACAAAAGCGGUGUUCAUCUGUGAGGACUAUCAUGCUGAACAAAACAUGUAUCAUAAACCUGUGUUUGCCACAGAGAUUAUGUUCUGCAGUAAUCCAAAAAACCCAAUUACUGUGGAGGGAACCAGGGCGAUGCCUACGCCACUAUAUGUUGAUGAGUCCUCCAGCCUCCCUCAGCUCAGAGCCUGACAGGUCCACUGGGGGAUCUCCAUUCAGAGGCAGGGUUUCACUGAUGGUCAGCUGGAAAGUUUAAUGGCCACAGCAGCUUGUAAACAGCCUUUUGGCUUCACCACACACACCUUUAAAGUCACAGAGUAAAACAUGUAGCUAAAUGUGAAAAGUGGAGCAGCAGGAACUAUGGUGCUAGAGGCCACAGAGGCUCUAAACACUUCGGGUCAGGUAUUGGCAGGCCCAGUGCCUUAUCUACUUGAAUACUGGAUAAUCAGAUGUGAUUUUCUGUUAACAAUUUAACUGAAUUAUAUGAGUCAAAUCCAGCAUUUCAGAAUAAGUUCUGUAAUUCUUCAAAAUGGAGGGACUUAUUGGAAUAACAUCUGUAUCGUAUCAUAUCACGUGUAUUAUGUAUUUAGGAGUAUUCUAUUUUAUGCCUUUUUACAACUGUGGUUUUAUUUGCAUUUUAUCUAUCUAAUUAGUGGAACUGAACUGAACUGACACUCGACUCUUUUCUUUUCCUUUCUCCUGUGUUCAGAACUGUUGUUAGCACCACUCAGAGUCUUUUCAGCAGGAAUUGAAAAGCUCAGGCGUCUUGAUGUAGUCUGUGUAGGCCGUGUUUUCAUACCACACUUGUUUCUUGUGCUGUUCGGUGUUUAAUGAAAAAAAGGAAUGUCUGCGGAGAAGGUUUGUGCUACACUGAACAAAAGAAUUAUGUAACGAGAAAAACAGAGGGGGGUGGGGGGUUGCCUUUGAGGGCCUAAGGUCAUAUAAUGUCUUGCUUUCCCAAGACGACUAUGUACACAAGCAGAAAGAGGCAGUGUAGUUAAUAAAAGGCACAAUUUAAGUGUUACAAGUAAAUUCUACCUGCUUUAUCGAUGUAUUAUCAUAAACGAAUAAAAGGCAGGUGUGUGUUUAAAGUACAUUCUUCUUUCAAGUUUACAGGUGGGUGUUGAGAACAAGCAAUUAUGUGAUGUUGUAACAUUCAUGUUCUGCUUUGUUCAGUUUUGUAUCUCAAAGUGACAUCCAUUUGUCCUCAGGAUGACACAGUAAGCUCCGGUCUCUCCUCCGUCACUGCUGCCUGUAAUGGUUUUAAUUCUGGUGCUGCACGUUGAGUUCACACAGAUACUAGUGUAAGACUGUCAAAAUUAAAAUCUAAAUUACUUUUUCCAAUAAUGGGUCCUCGCUAUCAGUAGGAAAGUAGACAAACCCCGGCUUCUCAUCUGCAGUCAGUGAACGUUAGAUGUACCCUCUGUCACCAAUGGGGUUUAGGAAUAAGUUGAUAGUUUCCCCUGCAGAAGUGUCUUAAGUGCUUCUCGUAGCUACAUGCUGGCCCCGUUUGUGCCCUCAGCACUCUGUACCACAUUAAAUGUGUCAAAUUCCAGGCAAAGUCAAAACAGUAUCUUUUAAUCCAUGUCAUCCAGGAGGUUGUAUCUUCAAGAGAUUAUAAUGGUCUCACAUCCUCUGUCUGCCCGGACACUGAAACGUGUCGAAGGCACUGACAUCUAAUAUUUGCACAGACUCAGCCACCUUAAUGUACGAUUCAGCAAAGAGGAGCAGUGCAGCCUGUGAAAGUAUUGGAUUUUAACAUCAGUGGUAUCAUGGAAUACAGGUUAUGCUGGAUAACAGGUAUUAAAUAAACAGCUUUAUCUCUUCCCUCAAGGCUGAGGAGGGAAUGUUAUGUGACUCAGUCAUGGAGUUGAGUGCUGAGGUCACAGAUGGAGCCAGGCUACAUGAUUCUCUGCUAGCUCUGCGGCUAAAGCAGGCAACAAGUCUGCACCCUCACCAUGUGUACCCGUGAAGAAGUGUAGAUUCCACUCUGACUUAACAGCAGAGCUCAUGGUUGAGGUACAGAUGGUUUUGUUAAAUGUCUCUCCUGUUAAAUAAUUCAAGCCCAAUAAAAAGCUGGACAAAACAUUGUUCCAUCUGUGACAAUCUAACAUGCAUAAGAAGUGCCAGUCCUGGUGAGCAGGGGGAUUUAAUCUCAUGCAAAACAUGUCGCUAAUGUUAUUCCAUCCCCUUCGGCUGUAGCAGUAAUGCUAAUCUGCUGCUUUAGGCCAUAGGGAAAGUUUAGGCAUGCUAAUGUGAGCAGCUGACCUUGCAGAUAAAAACACUUUUGUUGGGCCGUGUUUGCUGCAGACAGUUUGAUUUGUGGUGACAUCGUUAAUGGUAUCAGUUACUCACGUGCUUUUCCUGCCAAGACAAAAUGUCUGCUGUAAAGAUGGUCUUUGUGUUCCUCACAUGACACUUUUGGUUUUUUUUUUCUGAAGCCAAAAAAAUGAAUGACUGGUAAAACACAAACAGCCUUUAUUAUGAGAGACAAAUGAGAAGAAUCUAAAGUUGACGAACCAGCUGUACGAAACUACAGCUACUAAACUGACUAAUCAGGGAUGGGAUGGAAUAAGGUCAGUCAUAUUUGUACUCCAUUGAUGCAUUUGCUUUCCACUGAAAGACACACAGUUGAUGUUAGACUAUGAGGAUUAUGCCCUCAUGGACAGAUGAGAAAGGGUCAAACUUGGCGAAGGAGUGUUGGAUUUGGCCGUGGCCUCUAGUAAAUUUAAUGCUGAAGUGACUGAUUUUUGCUCAUGAAGUCAGUCAUUAUUGUCCAUUAUUGUCCAUCUGCGCAACACAUGUUGCAGGUCAUGCCUUCUCUGUGGUGCCACUGUUAGAAUUACAAGAGACAUCAAUCUUUUUUUUUCCCCAUCCAAAUGUCAUCCCAACAGUCCCUGCUAAGCUACAGAACAGAGUCCAUCCAUGUUUCACAAUGGUCAGUGUGUCAUGUUUCAUCAGGGUGCGACCAGUCACAACUAAUCUUCAGCACACGUAGGACGAGACAGUGACUCAACGUCUGGUCGCCUUUUUUCUUUAACUGCAGUUUGUAAUUUUUCUCAGCUGAGGUUGUUGAACUGGUUGUUUCUGUACCUCCUCUGUUUUUAAAGAUUCAUAUUUGUACAUUUUAGGAUUAGGUUGGUUUCCAAGCACAAAGUCAUGGUGGCUAAUAUGACACUUACCUGCCUUCAGUUGCUUUGUACAAUCCUACCUGCAGAUGAAUUAUAGGUCAAUCAUGGUAGCUUUUAUUGUUUAACACAUUUUUCACCAAUGUAAACUUCAUUUGAAUGAACUGUUUUUACAGAGAAAAUGUUAUUCAUUUAUUAAUCACUGGUGUGUUAUUGCAUUUGGAUAUUUAUAUACUGUGCUUUAUACUACAAAAUAAAACUUGUGAUAAAAGUUCAAAAUCCUGAGUCGCUUGUGUGAAUUCAAUCCGUUUGUGUGGGUGGAGGGUACGAAUGAGCAAAUACAUUGCUGUCUGCAGCUGUUCUAGCAAGUAAACUUUGGUCGAAUCUGUAUUUGCUGUAGUUUAAGCAAGAAAUACAUAUAGCUUCAUCAUCACUUGCUGUAUUGUUAGAAAACUCCCUUCAGAACAGCCUCAGAGAUGAGCUUCAGAUCAAUGUUUUCAAUCAUCAGAGCAGGAAAACUAUUUACACAUCAAGUCUUUAUCUAAAUCAGUU